GGGUCCCGGGUGCCCAUGUGGGGGUCCCAGGUGUUAUUGGGGUCCCAGGGGUCCAUGCAGGGGUCUCAGGUGUCCGUGUGGGGAUCCCAGGGAUCCACGUGGGGGUCCUGGAUCUUUUGGGGGUCCCGGGUGCCCGUGUGGGGGUCCCAGGCGUUCCGGGGGGUCUCUGCAGGGAACACGGUGCUGGUGCUGUGCUCCCCCGAGGUGGCCCCCCCGCUGCUGUACCUGGCGGAGCUGAGCGGGGAGGGGGGGGCUCUGCCCCCCGGGGUCCUCAACGUGGUCACGGGACCCCUCCCCGAGCUGUGCCGCGCCCUCCGCGCCCGCCCCGACGUCGCCGCCGUCGCCUUCCUCGGCGCCCCACAGGAGCAGGUGCAGGGUCUGGUCUGGGGGUCCCCGUGCCGGGGGCCGCGGGUCGGGGGGGCCCGGGGGGGCCGCGUUGUCGUCGUGGUGCUGGACUCGGCCGACCUGGACGGCGCCGCCGCCGCCAUCGUGGGGGCCGCGGGGACCCCCCCGGCGCUGUUCCCCUGGGGGGGCUGCGUGGUGCUGGCCCAGGAGGGGGUCCUGGCGCCGCUGGAGCGGCGGCUCCGGGCCCGGCUCGGGGGGCUGCGGGUCGGAGACCCCCUGGACCUCGGCACCGACGUGGGGCCGCUGCCCCCCAUGGCCCCCCACCCCCGGGAGCUGGUGGAGGCGGCGCGCGAGGAGGGGGCUGAGACGGGUUGA